AUGCCUCGUGUAAAAGCAGCUCAAGCUGGAAGACAGGGCCCUGGAAAGAGACGACUUGCAGAACACUUUGCAGCUGGGGAGAUAAUCACUGAUAUGACGAAGAAGGAGUGGAAACUAGGGUCGCCCAUUGGCCAGGGUGGCUUCGGUUGUAUAUAUCUUGCUGAUAGGAAUUCUUCAAAAUCGGUGGGAAGCGAUGCACCCUGUGUUGUAAAAGUGGAGCCCAGUGACAAUGGACCUCUCUUUACUGAACUGAAGUUCUACCAGCGAGCUGCCAAACCAGAGCAAAUUCAGAAGUGGAUUCGCACCCAUAAACUGAAGUACCUGGGCGUUCCUAAGUACUGGGGGUCUGGCCUACAUGAUAAAAAUGGAAAAAGUUACAGGUUUAUGAUAAUGGAUCGCUUUGGGAGUGACCUUCAGAAAAUAUAUGAAGCAAAUGCCAGAAGGUUUUCUCGGAAAACUGUCUUGCAGCUAAGCUUGAGAAUUCUGGAUAUUCUGGAAUAUAUUCACGAGCAUGAGUAUGUUCAUGGAGAUAUCAAGGCCUCAAAUCUUCUUUUGAGCUACAAGAAUCCUGACCAGGUGUACUUGGUAGAUUACGGCCUUGCUUACCGGUAUUGCCCAGAAGGAAUUCAUAAAGAAUACAAAGAAGACCCCAGAAGAUGUCACGAUGGCACUAUUGAAUUCACCAGCAUUGAUGCGCACAAUGGUGUCGCCCCGUCAAGACGUGGUGAUUUGGAAAUCCUUGGCUAUUGCAUGAUUCAGUGGCUUAGUGGCCAUCUUCCUUGGGAGGAUAAUUUGAAAGACCCUAACUAUGUUAGAGAUUCCAAAAUUAGAUACAGAGAAAAUAUUGCAGAUUUCAUGGACAAAUGUUUUCCUGAGAGAAACAAGCCAGAUGAGAUUGCUAAAUACAUGGAAACAGUGAAAUCACUGGACUAUGCCGAGAAACCUCUUUAUCAGAACUUGCGAGACACUCUUUUGCAAGGACUGAGAGCUAUAGGAAGCAAGGAUGACGGCAAGUUGGACCUCAGCCUCGUGGAGAACGGAGGCUUGAGAACAAAGUCAAUAACGAAGAAACGCAAGAAAGGAAUUGAGGAGAGCACCGAAUCCAGUGUUGAAGAUAUGGAAUGGUCAGAUACACAGACAGAAGAGGCCACAAAAACCCGUUCAAAAACCAGAAAGAGAGUCCAGAAGUAAAUCAAAUGCUGUCAACCGACUUUUCUUUUCUUCCUGUCAUUUGACUUUUUCCUCUUUUUCUAUUUUAAAUGUUAUAUUCUCAUGUGAGUCUUUGAGGAUGGGGCUAACCAUGAAAUACUAUGUCUUUGAAAAAUAUAAACUUUUUUAUUAAGUAAAUACUUUGUACAAUUUAUUAAAGGCUAAUUUAUAAAAUUGAAAAUCUAUAGGUCAUACUCUUUCAGCUGAUCCCAAGCUGUAUGUGUUUGAGGUUCUUGAAGCAGCUGUAAGAAAAACCACCAUGAUGUGCACUUUCUAAUCAUUGUCCAUUGCCCCGAGUGUAUAGAAAUGCUUGGCAAAAUCUUCCCCUUUAAGCAGAUAUACAAACCUUAAAAUAAAGGUCUCUUUUUGCAU